CAAAACAAACGCGAAAACAAACAGCAAUUCGGCAGGCGGUACGAUUAAUACAAUACUUUUCACUGAAAAUAACGCAAAUUGUAUAGAGAAUGGCUUCAGCCCAAGUGGAUCAAAUGAUGCGAACACAAAUCGAUACGGCAUGCACAACUGCGGAGGCUUUCACCAAACUGUACUACGAAAGUGUUGACAAAAAACGGCAUCAAAUGGCGCGGUUGUACAUGGAUAAUGGACUGCUGGUUUGGAACGGUAAUGGUGCCAACGGGAAGGAUGACAUUCAAAAGUUUUUCCAGGAGCUUCCCCGAUCCGAGCACACUCUGACGACGCUCGACACCCAACCCAUCGUGGACGAUGCCGUAGCGACACAGCUAACCUUUUUAAUACAGGUUUCCGGAACCGUGCGACUCAGCGGCGCCCCGAUGAAACCGUUUCAGCAGACUUUCAUGAUUACAGCGCAGGGUGAUAAGUGGAAAAUCGUCAGUGAUUGUUUUCGUUUGCAAGAUGGUUUAUUUUAGCGCCAGUUUCGUUGUAACCACUUAAAAUUCCUACUCCUAUUGAUACACAUUCAAUACAUUAAACAUGAAGAAAUUACGGAAAGAUGAA